CGCCAAUUCGGCUUUCGGCUUCAGCGGGUGGUUUGUUUCUCAAGAAAAGGACUCUUUUUUCUUUUCAAGGGUUGAAGUUCAGGUUGAAGUCCCCCGUUGUGCAGUGAGACAGAGCGAGCGAAAUCCACCAAUGGCUCCUGAACCCGAAGACGAUGUCAAGGACGAGAAGAACCCUCGACCUCUCGACGAGGACGACAUCGCCCUUCUCAAAACUUAUGGUCUGGGACCUUACUCUUCCAGCAUAAAGAAAACGGAGAAGGAAAUUAAAGAUAUGGCUAAGAAGAUUAAUGAUCUAUGUGGUAUAAAGGAGUCAGACACAGGCUUAGCUGCACCCAGCCAAUGGGAUCUUGUUUCUGACAAGCAAAUGAUGCAGGAAGAACAGCCUCUCCAGGUGGCAAGGUGCACAAAGAUCAUUAAUCCAAACACUGAAGAUGCAAAAUAUGUUAUAAAUGUUAAGCAAAUUGCAAAGUUUGUUGUUGGGCUGGGUGAUAAAGUUUCUCCGACUGAUAUUGAAGAAGGCAUGCGUGUCGGAGUUGAUAGGAACAAGUAUCAAAUUCAGAUUCCAUUGCCCCCUAAAAUUGACCCCAGUGUAACCAUGAUGACAGUGGAGGAGAAGCCAGAUGUUACAUACAAUGAUGUUGGUGGAUGUAAGGAGCAAAUUGAGAAGAUGCGAGAGGUGGUUGAGUUGCCAAUGCUUCAUCCUGAAAAGUUUGUGAAGCUUGGAAUUGACCCGCCCAAGGGUGUUCUUUGCUAUGGUCCACCUGGUACUGGUAAAACACUACUAGCUAGAGCAGUUGCUAACAGAACUGAUGCAUGUUUUAUUCGUGUUAUUGGAAGUGAGCUAGUUCAGAAAUAUGUUGGGGAGGGAGCACGCAUGGUUCGUGAACUAUUUCAGAUGGCACGUUCCAAAAAGGCUUGUAUCGUGUUUUUUGAUGAAGUUGAUGCCAUAGGAGGUGCACGCUUUGAUGAUGGUGUGGGCGGAGAUAAUGAGGUGCAGAGGACAAUGCUUGAAAUUGUGAAUCAGCUUGAUGGAUUUGAUGCUCGAGGAAACAUUAAAGUUUUGAUGGCUACAAAUAGACCUGACACAUUGGACCCAGCACUGUUACGUCCUGGAAGGUUGGAUCGCAAAGUUGAAUUUGGCCUACCAGACUUGGAGAGUAGGACGCAGAUAUUCAAGAUCCAUACACGAACAAUGAACUGUGAGAGGGAUAUCCGUUUUGAACUUUUGGCUCGCCUCUGCCCAAACUCCACUGGAGCCGACAUAAGGAGUGUAUGCACGGAGGCUGGGAUGUUUGCCAUUCGAGCACGGAGGAAAACAGUCACGGAGAAAGACUUCCUUGAUGCUGUGAACAAAGUGAUCAAGGGGUACCAGAAGUUCAGUGCCACACCCAAGUAUAUGGUCUACAAUUGAUUGAAUUGCUGUUCCUUCUUGGGCCGUGUUUAGCAAAAAUUAAAAGAGAGAGAGAUUGAGAAAUUUGGCCGUGCUUGUGAUUGCAUCAUGGAGUCUAAUUUGUUUACGUACUGGCCCUUGGCUGGAACUUCUGUCUUGUAACUUCCUGUUGGAUGAGUAUAGACUGCAAUGAAUGAAUGCCCUUUAAAUUCUUUUCAUCUUCAGAAAUAUGUCUUGUAUAAGGAGAGGAGUGGCGGCUGGGAAUUGGAAUGAAUAUGGAUCUGAGAUUCCAUUUGCUUUCUGACUCC